AUGCCUACUUCUACUACAAACACCACUUCCAUCACCACUUCCAUGGUCAUCACCCAAUUCGCAAAAAAUCAAGCAAAUGGCCACGGAGAGGAUUUAGAGAAAUUAACCAAUGAGUGCAAGGAAUUGUUGCUUUCACUGCCAAAAGAGAAAGGUUGGAGAACUCCUUACAUCUAUAAAUAUCAAGGAUUUUGGUGCCAACCACAAGAAAUUCAAGCAAUAAUCUCAUUUCAGAAACACUUCCAACCAAGAGACACUGAUGUUAUCCUAGCAUCAAUACCCAAAUCAGGCACUACAUGGCUCAAAGCCCUAUCUUUUGCCAUCAUGAAUCGCAAGCAAUUUGCCAUCUCUAGUAAUAACCAUCCUUUGCUUGCCUCUAAUCCUCAUGAUCUUGUACCUUUCUUUGAGUACAAGCUUUAUGCCAACAAGCAAGUCCCUGACCUCUCAAAACUCCCUGAUCCCAGACUUUUUGCCACCCACGUUCCUUUUUCUUCACUUCAAGACUCCAUCAAGAAGUCCAAUUGCCGGAUUAUUUAUAUCUGUAGAAACCCUUUUGACACUUUUAUUUCCUCAUGGAUUUUCAGCAACAAACUGAGAUCAGAAAAUGUUCCUCCACUGGCACUAGAGGAAACUUUCAAAAUGUAUUGCAAAGGGUUGGUAGGGUUUGGUCCAUUUUGGGAUCAUAUGUUAGGAUAUUGGAAGGAAAGCUUGGAGAAACCAGACAAGGUGUUGUUCUUGAAGUAUGAGGACAUGAAAGAAGAUGUUACGUUUUACUUGAAGAAGAUUGCCAAAUUUCUUGGCUGCCCCUUCUCGAUGGAAGAAGAAAAGGAAGGUGUGGUGGAAGGUAUAGCCAGACUUUGUAGCUUUGAGAAGAUGAAGGAUUUAGAAGUUAACAAAACUGGCAAGUCUAUUAAGAACUUUGAAAAUAAGCACUUGUUUAGGAAAGGUGAAGUGGGAGAUUGGGUGAAUUAUCUGUCUCCUUCAAUGGUGAAGCAACUAUCCCAAUUAGCAGAGGAAAAGUUAGGUGGAUCUGGUAUUGAGUUCAAAGUGUUUCCUUAG